AUGGUUAGCAGCAGCUGCCAUACUCCUGAUACCCUCUUGUUCUUCUCAGAAAACCCUAGCUCUGUUCUCCCUGUCCGUGCCAUAGGCAUCACCUACUCACCUGAAAUUGGGUCUGAUCAUCUUAUCCUACUCCUGUGUCUUCAGCUCUGGCCUCUAGAGCUGCCAGUUGUCUUGUGUGUCCAGGAAUUUGGCCCAAUGAUGUGGGAUCUGAAGGAAAUGGGCCAUGCCCAAAGCAGGACAGAUGAAGAGACAGAAAAAGGUCCUUGUACAGAUGCCAAUGGAGGUGAAGAUUGUACAGUUGCCAAUACAGAGAUAAACAAUUUAGAAGACCAAGAAAAGACUCUUGUACCCAUGAGGCCUGGCAUUCUUGUCCAGAGACGGGUUAAAGAAGCGACAGGCACAUUAGGAAAUGGAGAGGAAGUGGAGGAUGAAGAGGAGGACAAAAUAAAAGAAAUGCAAAAGCUUGAGAAUGCUGGAGAAAAUCAUCAAGAGAAUGACUAUUUGCUAAAACCACCCAUACCUGUCACUGGAAGUCCUUUGGUCAUUGAUAACCAUAAAAGACCCUUAAAAGGAGUGACGUUUUCUAGGGAGGUAAUUGUUGUGGACCUUGGAAAGGACAACCCUAUAGCCCGAAGCUAUACUCGAUUACAUAAAGAGAGAAAAUGAAGCUCAAAAAAGGCUGAGAGUGGAAGAAAUAUAACCUUAGACUAACAAUGAAAUGGCUGGGGGUCCAAAAUCUUAUUGAAACAGCAAAAAAUGGAAAAUUAAGGAAAUACAAAUAGUAUUUUACCU